CUUCCCGCAGCGCGGCGGAAGUGACGCUGCGCGGCCGUCGUGAUGGCGGCGCCGAAGGUGAAGCAGGACAUGGCGCCGCCGGGCGGCUACGGGCCCAUCGACUACAAGCGGCACCUCCCUCGCCGCGGCCUCUCAGGUUACAGCCUCUUCGCGCUCGGCGUCGGCAGCCUCCUGCUGGGCUAUUACACCGUCGUCAAGUGGAACCGGGAGCGCAGGCGGCUCCUCAUCGAGGACCUGGAGGCUCGGAUCGCGCUGAUGCCGCUGCUGCAGGCGGAGUCUGACCGCAGAACGCUCCGCAUCCUGCGGCAGAACCUGGACGAGGAGGCCAAAAUCAUGAAGGAUGUUCCUGGCUGGAAGGUCGGUGAGUCCCUGUUCCACACGGAUCGCUGGGUGCCCCCGACACUGGACGAGCUCUACUACCUGCGCCCCACCAGUGAGGUGGAGAACGAGAAGUUCGGGCUCCAGUACUACGUGUGAGGCACGGCCGUGUCACCCCCCCUGGGUGCCGUCA